ACUGCCUGACCGGACUAUUAAAAGUGCAUUUAAACCAAACCAAAUCAGCAGCACACGAGCACCCCAAGACAAUGACCAAUAUCCGAUCGCUGGUGCCGGAGCUGGCGGAACAGGCUCGCAUCAAGCUCAAGGAGGACGAGACGACCAGGGCGGACUGCAUCGAGGCGUUGCGCGCCUGGAUCACUGAACUUAAUUACCUGCAGGCGCGAACCGACGAUCAGUUUCUGGUCGCCUUCCUGCGCCACUGCCACUGGAACGUGGAUGAGGCCAAGAAGCGCGUAUUGUUCUAUUACACAUACAAGUCCAAAGAGAAGGAGCUCUUCAAGAGUCGCCUGGUGGACGACAAGCUUCUGGAGAUGGCUCGCUCUGGAAUCUUUGCCACGUUGCCCAGUCCGAUCGGUCCCGGUGGCCCCCGCAUCCACUACACACGCAUGGGCCACAUAGAGCCCUCGAAGCACAGCGUGAGCGACAUUUUCCGCUUCCAUGCUUUCCGCGCCGAAAUCGAGAUCAACACGGACGACAACUGGAACAUUGCCGGGGUGGUCGAGAUAAUUGAUUUCACCAAGAUUCCCUACUCCUUGCUCCUUCAGUUCGACCCGGGCAUGUUCCGGCGCAUGAACGCCUUCCUCGAGCACGGCAUACCCACGAAUUUAGUUGCCACCCACAUCGUGAACGCGUCGCGUGAGACACAGUUCGUGCUCGGCCUCGUGCGCAAUGCGAUGAAGCAGAAGGAGCUGCUGCACAUCCACUCCAACCUCGAGUCGCUGCAGCGCGUCAUCGGCAAGGAGUAUCUGCCCGCGGAGUUGGGUGGGGAUAACGGCACUCUGAGCGAUGCAAUGACACGGUACGAGACCCAGUUGACCAGCUUCGUCCCGUACUUCAAGGAGGAGGAACGCUACGGCGUGGAUGAGAAGCUACGUGAGGCCAGCGAGAAGGAGCAGGAGAAGACCCCGGCUCUGGGGGCUGGUGUCGCCAACGAGGGCUCCUUUCGCAAGCUGAACUUCGAUUGAGGCGUCCUGGCGGCAUGUCGUGUGGCAGUUAGUUGUAUAUUCAGAUGCACAUACUACUAUUUACACCCCCUCUAUAUAUAUACAGACAUCCCGAUAUGUACACACAAAUGUAAAAAUUCCACAGCGCUAUAGCGAUCCUUGGUCAAAGCAAAACCUGAUAUUUUAUAAAAGAAAUCUACUAGUGCAGCAUGGAACCUAUAAGCAAAUUCAACAAUAUUCUAUACAAGUCCACACUAAAAGCGAACCCCAAAAGCAAAACAAGAAGAAGAAUAUGAAACGCCAUCAAAUGGUAUAAAAACCUCA